AUGAGCUGCUCACUACGGCUAGCAGGAAAUCCUUAUAUUGUAGGCGCUUACAUCAGGCGUUAAUAAUUCUUUUUAAAAGUUCAAGUGGUAUGGGACUUACUUAUAUUGGAAACCUUUUCAAAUAGAGGCAUACACAGUAUGGGCUAAGAGGCGACGGCUUGAAUAUGGAAUUACCUAAUUUUAAUCUUUAAUUUAAAAGGAAUUCUUUCACUUAUUUAUUAACCAAGUUAUGGAACAGUUUUCCCUCUCGAGUACGUCUUUCAAGUGAUGAAAAUGACUGUAAAAGUAAAUUGCAAGAUUUUUGCUUUUUAGAACGUGUCUUAUAGUUUUCUUUUUAUGUUUUUAGUAUAUAGUUUUUUAGUAGGUUUUAAGCUCUUGAUAUUUUAUGUUUUUAUUGCUAAGUAAGUUUAUAUAUUUGAUGAGUUGUUUUUAAAAUAGAAUAUUGUUUAUUUAUUUAUUUAUACACUUGCCACAUAGAAUAAAAUAAUGUUACAGAAAUUUUUACAAAGAUUUCAUAUUUACAGGGAAGGAAGAGCUACAAUAAUAGUUCAACAUUAAAUGUAUAAAAUUAUGUGACUUAACUUUUGUAACAGUUAAAGUGGCGAGGAAGCCCACAAGUUGAAGUAUAUAGCUUGUAGAAAUAUGGGCUCCUCAUAUUUUGUUCUGAUUUAGUGUAAGCUGCCAUAUCAUGGUAAGUCGAGUUUAAUUUAUAGCUCUCUCGAUAAGAUAUUUUUUUUAAUGAUGUCUUGAAUCUAGAGCCGGUACCUUGUCAGCUGCGUAAGAUAAUGGGGAAGGGAGUUUCAUAGUUCAGGUCCCAGGUGAAGGAUUGUGAACUGUUUAAGGUUGGUUCUACAGAAAUAUGGUCGGUAGAAUUAGCAUUUCGAGGAUUAUAUGUGUGUACGUGGCGAUGAGUAUCAAAGAUGGUGUUAAACGUUUUACAAAGGAGGUUGUUGUGAUACGAGUACAUAAAACACGCAACAAAGAACGAGUUGAUGUUAAAAAUACCAAGGAUAUUAAGAGUCCGAAAUAGAGGUGCAGUAUAGGCAAAAUACUCUGCUCCACAAAUGAUUCUGACGAUGCCUUUCUGUAUAUGUAGAGAAGCCUAUUCAAAUUGGAUCGAUACGUUGAGCACCAUGCAAUCUUACAGUGGAUAAGAAGGAGGAAAACCAAUGCAUAGUGUAGGGAUAACAAAGAUUUAACAACAAACAACAACAACAACAACAAUAUAUUUAUUUAAAGAAAUAUAAAGUUUACAAUACUUUACGUCCUGCAAAUAGCUAUAAUGCUAAUCUAGGCAGGACAGGAUUUUAAAUAAAGACGUUAUUAAAUUACAUAAGAAAAAAGAAAAGAAAAGAAAUACAAAAACAUACAGAAAGAAACACCUUUCAUAUAAGUUCAAGUACAGGGGAUUUUGUUGUUUGAAAAAGACUAAAAUUACAACUGGAGGUAUAUACAACAUAUCAGGUUAACUUCACAAAAUAUUCUAUUAAAUAAUUAACAUUCAAAUAAUUAUCUUCAUUACCUAGAACAUUAAGGAGUAGUGAUUUAAUUUUUUUACAGCUGAAAUCUCUCCCUUUCGUUUAAGGUUUUCCUUCUGUAGAUUUUUAACUUGACUCAUUUUAGUUUACGAUAUAAGGCAUUGGUACGUUUUGAGUUUUAAACCGGCAUGUGCGGAGCGCCCGCCGACAUGACCGGUCAUCGACUUACUUAUAGUCUGAUACCUUUUUACAAACAUGAUUUAUAUGAUAUUUCCAAGAAAGAUGCUGAUCUAAUAAAACACCAAGAAACAUCAAGUGUCACUUUUAGCGUAAUUGUAUCAGUAACAGUAAUAGGUUUUUGCCUGGGUCGAAAAAGAAUAUAAUUUGAUUUGGCGACGUUGAGCGAUAAUUUAUUUGCCUAUAUUAUAACUGUAGUUAUUAUAGACUUUAUUUAAACACGUUCGUAUUUUGAACGGGUUUUGUUUAGCUCCUCGACGUAACGAGUUAAAAUAUAUGAUCGACACUGAUUUCAAUACCAAUAAAAAAGAAAAGAACUAAACCAGAGAAUAAAAUUCGCAAAAAUCGCACCUCCGGCCCCUGCUGUCCCAGACUUGCUUGAAUCUUAUUGUAAUGCCAUUUGUAAAGCAAUUUGAUUCAUUUUGGUGCUAAAAAACGUAUAUAAGAAAUAGCUGGACUUAUACACAUGUAUUUUAUUGACUUAAGCCUGGCUUUUUGUUUUGCAAGCAGACUUGUACCAAGUUCCUUGGUGAUAUUUUUUGUUUUGCUCAAACAUUAGCAACAAAUAUUAUUCCUCUUAUCAUCCACUUUUGGUUGCAUCAGCCGCAUUCAAGACGAUUCUUCAGGGUUGAAAAAUUCAUGAUAAAAGUUUGCGAACGUCAUACAACUUGGCUCAUAUUGCCUGAUUGGUUGUAUUCCAGCUUUUUCUUGUUGUUGUAAUAUAAUGACCAACGGGGGACCAGUUUUGUGGUGCAUAAAACAGCCAAGCUCAUUUUAGUUUUUUUGCACAUGCAAGAAAGACAGGUCUUUGGAAGGGUACCUUUACUUGGUGGUCUGGAGAGCCUUUUUAUGAAGGAUUUCAAGUUUGUCACGACAUAAAGGAAGCUAAAUGUUUUUAUAUAUAAUAAUAAUUUUCCAUCAUCACCUCUCAUCGCCUACACCCUCGACCUCCUUGUGGACAACAUAUCGGUGAUUUCAUCUUUCCAUCCUAAUUAAGAUAUUUUAAGCCAAGGUUGAAAGUUUAAUAUAUCGUCAGGAUUCUGUCCUCAAGUGUUAUUUGUCAAUCAGAGAAGGCCUAUUUAUUUCAAUGCUUGUCCCACAGCCUGAUGGGUCUUUAAGUAUCUUAGUAGGUACAGGAAGGAGGCUGAAGCCACUGGGUUCAACACUACUGCCGAGAAGUUUACAUUCACAUAGCAGCUUUAGGUAUGUACUUGCUUUCUUUGACAGUAAACUAGCACAUUGUCACUUCUUCGCACUUAAUUAGUCGGGAUAAAGUCUCAUGCCAUUUCAUUUUUUGCAUCGAGCCAGCGUUUUAUAAUGGUCGUUUAACAUUACCAUUCAACUAAAACCACACCUUUUGUGAGUCACUAUUUAUCUUUUAGGAUUAGGAAAAUUCGAAGUAAAAUUAGAACGUUUUCAGGUUUCCACUUUGAGCAUUACUAUUAGUAGGAGUCAAGGGGCCAUUUCUCUCAUUCGUUAACAUCACGUCAGUCGCCAUGAAUACUGCAUUGGAAACGAAGAUUAAAAAUCAAUCAUCGCCCAUGUUGAUUAUACCUUUUCUAGCACAUAGAUCUAUAAGUUCAGGAUUACUUGUCUUCAGAUCAGCUGAAAAAACUAUUGCAUUCAAGACAAAAGACAACUUGUUUAGAAUUUUCAGGAAGUUGAUGGUUUUUUAUUAUCUUGGCAAAGAACAAUCGUCAGUUGCUAUCAAACACAUUUUGCCGCUAAAUACAUUGGAUAUUCAGCUGUUAUUUAAAACAGUCAACUAACAUUUUCAUAGAUUAUUUGAGACAAAAGCGAUCUAGAAUCAUAAAAUCAAAGCUGCGAGUAUACUGAUCGAGGUACAAAAAAGUAAUCAGACUGGCUUUGCGUUAAUGAGACUUGCAACUUUUCGUUUUUACAUUUGUAAUAACAACGACAAAUUGUCUUUUUCAAGAAUUUUGUGGUACAACUUUAUCAUGAACAUGGUCAAACCAUUUAACCUACAAUCAUCGUCAAAAGUGUUGGGAAGGUUGCCUUUUUUAUCUCUUCUUUUCCUUCCUCCCCCCGCCCCUGGCCCAAUGUUGAUCAAAACGUUAAUGUUUGUGCGCGUAAUUGUUCUGUUAUAUCCCAACAUUGAACAGGGGGGACGGGGGAUAUUUAGCAAAAGAGAAAACUCUCUUUUUUCAGGAUUAAAAUGGACUACUGUUAAGUUGUACAGCCUUCCCAACUACUUUUGUCUUUGAUUGUCUGAAAAUUCUGGGUGUGGCCGUGAAAGAUCAAAACUCGACGACUUUUUGUCAGUAGAAACGUCUUCAAAAAACACUCGUAAACAGUACUGUGUUGAAAAAAAAUAUUUGCCGUACCUUGUUAAGACAGUUUUUGGCGCACACGCCUGUUUAUAUUCGGCAUGUUUUGCAACCCGGUAAGUACAACUAUUGCUCUUUCCGGGGCACAGGAAGAGGGCCAAAAUACAAAUGUAAGACUAUUUUCGGUGAAAACUAUUGACUGUAGCAUAGGCUGAUAUGCUCCAAAUCUUAAAGCAAGAUAUAGUGCGUUCGCCACUUCCCGCAGAAAUCAUUCGGAUUGCGACAGUGUAGCUGACAUCUUCCUUAGCACUCCCCACUUCUUUACAACAUUCAGCACAUGCCAAUUUUGCCAGGCGAGCAAACUAUGAGGCUGAGUGGAGAUUUGCCGAAUUCUAGAGGCUACUUUCUCCGGCUGAAUAACUCUAGUUAAGCUAUUGUGGCACUGCUUUUCGAAACUGGUUUCAGAAAACGACAACAAACUACGCUCUUGAUUUAGAAUAAGGCGUCUAUUCUCUUCGUUAAUCUAAUUAAAAAGGGUAACACAUGCAAAGUCAUCACACACCACAUUACUCCAUUUUCGUAGCCGAAAAUAAUUCCUUUAUAGUAGCGCUAACGACAAAAUAGCCUCAUUGACUUGUUCGGGGCUUUGCAACGACUUAACCAAACGAAUUUUAAUAGAUAUUUUAGCUCAAUUCUAAGUAAAAUACAACAGUACUCCAUGGAUGGCGUUAAAAUUAAACUAACUUUGCUAAUUGACCUUUAUGGGGCACUGUUUAAAUGGAGUAAUGUUGGGAAACAGUUGUUAAAUUUAUCUCCGUAGAUAAAUGCCACAAAAGCUUCCAUAUUCUUACAUGAUUUACAUGUUUUUACCCUUUUCUUGUUUGAAAGUUGGUUCAUUGUGCAUAUAUUUCGCAUUUUCUUGUGGAGUAAUGUGAUGGAGUAAUGUCGAAACCCAUGUUGUUUACUGUUCUCAAAUUAACUGAAUGAUUGACAGGCGACGCUAGCACAGCAAUUUCUAUAUGAACACUGAACAUGGCUGAAUGAACUCUUUUAUAGAGGUUCCGUAUAACUUUCAGGCCUUGCGAAAAUACAGUCUAGAAGAUUUUAAUGCGGCACUUAUCUCACUGCUUCCUCGCAACUACAAACAUCACGUUUUUCUAGGAUACUUUGACACCGCCAGAAUGCAAAAAAAAACUUUAUUGUGGCAGCCUUUAUGCCAUUUCUAUUUGUAACAUCUUUCAAAAUAUUUCGCUGAUAGGAAACGGCAAAAGUUAACUAGGAAUAAUGCCGCUGAUGAAAAAGAUACAUGUAUACAUGACAACGACAGCAAUUGUAUAGCAUUUGUUGCUCAAAAAUACUCUCAUGACUUUUCGUUAAAUCUAGUGAAACAGACCACCUGUGGCCAUUCUUUCUAUGUAGUCCACGCGAAGAAAACGUCUGUUGGUUCAUGAGGAAAUUUAAAGGCCUUAAAUGUUUUUUUCUGACGUUCUUAAAAGAAUGCGUUUUCACCCAGUGGACUUUGUGGUCACGCUGUGAAAUGUCUCGCACGUCUGAUGCAAAAUUCUCCUAUUUAUGAUUUUACUGAAAUAUAACCUUUAUUGUAUUUUUUAUAUACUUUGGAAAGUGCAUUAUUAGCACAGUUCCCAGGCGAGAUAUCUCAAUCAAAUGUUAAAUGCGACAAGUUUUAUAUUCGUUUAAAGUUGAUUUCCUAUUCUCCUACAAUCAUCGUCAAAAGUGUUGGGAAGGUUGCCUUUUUUAUCUCUUCUUUUCCUUCCUCCCCCCGCCCCUGGCCCAAUGUUGAUCAAAACGUUAAUGUUUGUGUGCGUAAUUGUUCUGUUAUAUCCCAACAUUGAACAGGGGGGACGGGGGAUAUUUAGCAAAAGAAACUCUCUUUUUUCAGGAUUAAAAUGGACUACUGUUAAGUUGUACAGCCUUCCCAACUACUUUUGUCUUUGAUUGUAGAUUCUGAACUAGAUUCAGCGCCCAGAGGGCAUCAAAUGCGGGCCAAAAGAAACAAUUUGUUACAAAACUCAAAGCCCCUUUCAAACUGUUAUGUUAGACUGUCUAUGUUAGACAAUGUUAGACGAUUAUCUUGGGGCGACGUUGAAACUGUAUAAAUGUUUCCAAAAGUUUCAACUCCAUAGACCUGACAAAACAUCGCAGCCAACACAGUGCUCAAACGCAUUCGUUGGUCAGCUUUCUGGAUCACUUCCUCAACGUUAUUACGCUUAUCUUUUACAGUUUGACUCAAACGUAAAAAAUCCUUCAGUCAUUGUUGUUAUUUUACCAGGAUUUUUCGGUGAAGCAGUGUUUUUAUUAACGGUGUUCCACUGUAUUAUAUUUUGUAUCGACUUUGACAUGUUUAUGAGCACCUCUUUUGUGCCAACAUUGUAUUGUUACCUCAGUUAGUUAUGCUGUUUUCUGUUUUUUUUUAUGAUCGAAUUUCAGAAAACUUGAUAAUUCAAUGCAUCAGUUACGACAGAUGAAGUUUUUCCUGUUGUUCACUACCUUUGGUGUCCUCUCAAGCGAGAGUGAGUAUCUAAUGAAUAACUUACAUUAUUAUUCAUUCAAAAUAUUUCCCCCAUUCUGAUUGGCUAAUAGCACACGCAUAAUUCACCAUAACCAGCUAAUGAUGACCAAAUUUGGAAGAAUUUUGCGAUAAAUCAACCGAUGACGUCAAAAAUGCAGCUUUCUGGCAGGUUAAUGCACCGUUAACCGAGAAGACCUGGGAACGAGGUUGAGUUGUUUUGGUUGUGAAAACAAAAAUGAGGGACAUUUCACUCGUUUCAAGUGUAAGAACUAGGCUAAAUAAUAACUAAAAUCAUGGCUAGGACAGCGAGAAGACAUCUCGAAAGGCGACAUCUGCUAUUUGGAGAAUAUUUGCGGAGCUGAACAACCCUAAACGUGCACUAUGAGUUUAUCAAAGAUGAUCUUAACAUCGAUGGAGGUAAGCAUGUUUUAGCUAUGUUUUUAAACCAGGAAUUAUUUUGAAUGAAUAAUAAAACAAUUAUUUAAUUCGGCUUUCGUAUCAUAUGAAGAAUUAUGGAGAUCUCGGAGGGUGUUGUCCGCCUCGACGGAUAACACCCUCUUUGAUCUCCAUAAUUCUUAAUAAGUUACUCAGCCUCAUUCAUUAAUUGUUAAUAAAUAACAUUAUUAUUCAUUCAAAAUAUUUUCCCUAUUCUGAUUGGCUAAAGGCACACGUUUAAUUCACAAUGUAACCAGUUACUGAUGACCAAAUUUGGAAGAAUUUUGUGUUUAAGGAGGAAAUGACGUCAAAAAUGCAGCGUUUUCGCAGGUUAAGGCACCGUUAACCGAGAAGACCUGGGGACGAAGUUGAGUUGUUUUGGUUGUGAACUUGAAAAAUAGCGGACAUCUUACUCGUUUCAAGAGUAUCAACUAAGCGAAAAAUAGCUAAAAACAUGGCAAGAACAGCAAGAAGACAACUCAAAGGGGACAUCUGCUAUUUGGAGAAUAUUUGCGUAGCUGGACAAACCUAAACGUGCACUAUCGAAGAUGAACUUAACAUCGAUGAAUUCGAUGGAGGUAAGCGUGUUUUAGCCAUGUUUUUAAACUAGGAAUUAUUUUGAAUGAAUAGUAAAACAAUUAUUGAAUUCGGCUUUCUUAUCAUAUGAAGAAUUAUGGAGAUCUCGGAGCGUGUUAUCCGCCUCGGCCUAAGGCCUCGACGGAUAACACCCUCCUCGAUCUCCAUAAUUCUUCACAAGAUACUCAGCCUCAUUCAUUCAUUUUUAAAUAACAAUAACAAAAACAACUUACAACUUACAACAACAAUAUUUGUUCCUAACAUUUGCUGCAAUUGAUUAAAUUGAUUCUAGUAGUAUUAAGCGUCUAUUAAGAGAGUUCCUAAAAGAAGUUUUAAGUUUAGCGGUGCUCUGAUUUGGAACCAACUUUCCACUGAGGCAAAUCUUUCCGAGUCACUCCCUUCAUCUUAAAGAAGCUCAUUAGAAUGUAGUUGGGUGUUGCCAAGCUGUGUAUAUCCUGUAUUUCGGUCUGUCUGAGGUCUAUCUGUCUGUUUGCCUGUUGUCUGUUUGUCGGUCUGUCUGUCUGUUUGCCUGUUGUCUUUCUGUCUGUCUGUAGUAGUAGCAGAAGUUGAAGUAAUUGUAGACGUAGCUAAUUAUAAUUAAUUUACAUUUGUCCUGACCUUUACGGCCUUUAUGUGUCAACACGCCCUCCAUGGAAACGUACCAGCCAUAUGUGUUUAUGAGGUUAGCGUGUUUUUCUUCCGAUUUGAAUUUUUUUUUAAAUGAAGUAUUAUAUCUACCUACCUAUCAGUCAUCUCUACCUGCCUACCUUAGCCACUGUCGGCCUUAAGUUUGUUAGUUAGCUGAUGACGUUUUCAGACCACUUAAAACCGAAGUUAAGUAAGGACCUUUUACCUGUUUUUACUUCUAAGAUAUUGUUAAUGUAUUUGAAUAUUUGUCGACGAGUUUCUUUGUAAUUUAUUACGAUCGGAUUAAGCGUUAUUAGGUUGAUAAAGAAAUCAUUUUUGUUAUUUUAGAAUUUAUUUUAGAAUUUGUACCUUUUUUUCAGCUACACACGAAGAAUGGGGCUAUGCAGAUACGAACAAUGAUGGUUUGUAUAAAGCAACAAUGAUAAUUAAUCACUUCCUUCGAUCUGUACCGUGAGAAACCCGAAGUCGUUCUGAUAUUAGGGGCAAUUUGUAACAUUAUACAUGAACUAUUAAUAAUUAAAAACGAGAUAGCAAGAUAUCAAGUACUCGUCUUGGUCUUUUUUUUGCUACGCAGAAUGUAAUUUGUUUUUGAUCCUUGAGAUUUUGGCACAGCACAAUUUCUUCUGAACGCACUCCAAGGUCUAGAAAUAAAUUAUAUGAAAUCAAUGAUUGUCAUGGGAAUUCGUUGUUUUUAUUUGCCAUUGGUAGUAAUAAAAAGUCUCGCGACUAGGUUAGUAUGUGCGCUUUCACCAAAAGAAAGGGCUGACUUAUAUGUUUUCAUCGAAGUCUUUUUUCUUAAUUGAGUUGCCAGCUCCAAUAAUGAUUACUCAGAGUAGUUCACUAGCAAUCUAUGGAAAACCUCGUUGUAAUAAAAGGAACAGGAAUCAUGAAUUUAUCCAAUCUUGUCAUUAGUAAUUGCACCCCCAGCCCGCCAACACCGGGCAAAUAACCAACACUUAAAUAGAUGAGUGGAAGGAACAUUUACUAACACUUAAAAAACGGGAAAAAAGGACGGUUGGGCGGAUGAAAUUGAAGACUAUUAAAAAGGAUUGCAAUUCGGGAUUUAAAAACUGUUCCGUCCAACAUUUUUAAAGCGGGUUAUUUUUGUUUGCGAGUCACUCAGUUUUAACGCUCGCGAGACAUUUCUGAUCGUCAUAAUACAACUCGGUGAUUUUAUCAUAUAGGCACGAUUUGUUUUAUACGGUAUGUUUCACAGCGAGAUUUUUAAGAUCAAAACUGAAUGGACUAAAGUAAAAAGAUCGUUUGUUUUAAAUGAGUCCUUUUUUGAAAUUAAUUACAGUGCUAGGCCCACCAGACUGGAAAGAUAGAUAUGAGGACUGUGGUCAUCGAAAGCAAUCCCCAAUAAACAUCGUUAAAAGCGAGACCAUCAAGAAGAGCUUCAGUCCUCUAAAAAUCACUUUCGACAACGCAAAGGGCCUUGUAACUGGAACGUUUAAGAAUACUGGACAUUUACCAGAACUUGAAAUUGCUGAUUCCAAUGGAGCUUCACUGACUAAGGGUCCACUGGGGCACAAAACGUUUGAAUUGCUCCAGUUUCAUGUUCACUUUGGCUGUGCUAAUGAUCGCGGAUCUGAGCACACCCUCGAUGAAAAACGAUUUUCAGGUGAG